AUGCGCUUUCGGUUUCCUCUAUAUCAGCCCCUCCUCUCGUCCUUUUCUCUUCUACCCACCACCAAUAACACCACCACGCUAAUUCUCUCUCGCUUUCAGUCUUUUUGUGUCUCUUCCUCUUCUUUCUUCAUGGCUCCUCCUGCUGCCAUGGAAGAAAUUGCACCAGCUAAUAACUCUCUCUCCAAUGUUAAUGAUGGUGAUGCUGCCUCACAAAUAUCUAGAGUCACUGUUGUUGGGAGUGGCAAUUGGGGUAGUGUUGCUGCUAAGCUCAUUGCUUCUAACACCCUCAAGCUUGAUUCUUUUCAUGAUGAAGUGAGGAUGUGGGUGUUUGAGGAGACAUUGCCCAGUGGUGAGAAGCUCACCGAGGUUAUCAACAAAACCAAUGAAAAUGUAAAAUAUCUCCCUGGCAUAAAGCUUGGCAAAAAUGUUGUUGCGGACCCUGACCUUGAAAAUGCCGUGCGGGAUGCAAACAUGUUGGUAUUUGUGACCCCACAUCAGUUCAUGGAGGGUAUAUGCAAGAGACUUGUCGGAAAGAUAAGGGAAGAUGUGGAGGCUAUUUCACUUAUCAAAGGCAUGGAGGUCAAGAUGGAAGGUCCACAGAUGAUUUCCACUCUCAUCUCUGAGCAGCUUGGGGUUAAUUGCUGUGUCCUGAUGGGAGCAAACAUUGCAAAUGAGAUUGCUGUUGAGAAAUUCAGUGAAGCAACAGUUGGAUACAGAGAAAACAGAGAGGUUGCAGAUAAAUGGGUUCAGUUAUUUAGAACUCCUUAUUUCAUGAUCACACCUGUUCAAGAUGUGGAGGGAGUUGAACUAUGUGGGACCUUAAAGAAUGUUGUGGCCUUAGCAGCAGGUUUUGUGGACGGUCUGGAAAUGGGAAAUAACACAAAGGCAGCAAUAAUGAGAAUUGGUUUAAGGGAGAUGAGAGCCUUUUCCAAGUUACUGUUUUCCUCUGUUAAGGACAGCACAUUCUUUGAAAGCUGCGGUGUAGCUGAUCUCAUCACCACAUGCUUGGGAGGAAGAAACAGGAAAGUUGCGGAGGCUUUUGCUAAGAAUGGUGGAAAAAGGUCCUUUGAUGAGCUUGAAGCAGAGAUGUUGCAGGGCCAGAAGUUACAGGGUGUCUCAACUGCAAGAGAAGUUUAUGAAGUUUUAAGGCACCGUGGAUGGCUAGAGCUGUUUCCACUUUUUGCAACAGUGCAUGACAUCUCCAUUGGACGUCUUCCACCAUCAGCCAUAGUGGAAUAUAGCGAACACAAGCCUAACUUCUCCCUGGUAGAAGGCUCUGCUCAAUACUUCAGCUCUUUCUGA